UCUAGAUAUUCAUGUAUAGAUAUACAAGCCUAUGUAAGAGCAGGUGGGUUGUCAACCGAUAAAGGUAAAUAUAUAAGGUGACUCAGACGAAGAGCAACUACGAACUUUUGUGUCAGCGAACUUGUGGAAGGCUGCAGCUUGUGUGCAGGCGAUCUCCACAAACCAUGACACAAGCCCGCCGCUGUUACUACAGCCUUAAACUGACAACAGUGUGUGUCAGACUGUAUGCCGUGAUAGAUACCGGUAUUCUGUUACAUUCCUGAAGUGGUGGUUUCAUACAGGACCCUAAUUUCACGGAUUCACAUUAUGUGAAAGUCGUACGAGACUCCAUGUCAAUAUGAACUGAAAACUGGUCCUGACGGAAAACGAUCGAAGCCCACGUAUACGGAUAUUGGGAGACAGCGCGGGAGACCAGAUUGACGCAGAAAGGUUACAGAAGUGUUUGGCUGGCAUUCAUGCCAUACAGUCAACAUCCCGAUGGGUUAACGGAUGAUGUACAUUCCUGAAAGAUUAGCCAGUCAUACAUCAGUGAAAUUCCUCGAUCUGAGAUAUACGCCGCUGGCGACAAGUUCAAUACGCAUAGGAGAGAGAAUACCUAAAGUGCGGGCACUCUAAUAUACCCCGGACUUGGAGAGCUCAGUGAACUCCGGCAACGGAAUUGUAUUAAGUGACGGAGACAUUUGGAUGUGAUAUACCCUUAGGGGAUAUUGCUCGCACUCGGCAUUCCUCGAUGCUUGGUUAUUUACACACGACGUGAGUCUUGAAUUUUCUUGGCCAUUGUUUACGCCGACAGAAAGUUACAACGGGGCGCACCGCCCCGUGGCUUCUGCCUAAAACGCACUGUGCUCAACAAAAAAGUGUCAUUAAACCGUAGCCUUGACAUGCUUCUCGACUUUUAUGUAUAUGAGACUUUUACAUGUUAUUAGGGGAAUACGCGUUGAGAAUGCAACGUCAUGUUUUUUUUUAACUGAAUGUACGGGCUUGGUGUUUAAGGAGAAAAUAUACAUGAGUCACGUGAAAACGAAUUCUGCGCCCGAAGAGACCAAGCUUUUUCGAAAUAUCGUACUUUAACCAUCAGGCUAUGUUCAAAUUCUGGAAUUGUACAUAUUACGCAUGUGCUGUGCUUAAGUGUUACAUAUAGGGGUUGUGUGAAGGGAAGAUUGGAUUACAUCAAAAAUGGCGAAGCCCACCUUUCGUAAUGUGUCUCACAAUCAGACGCUUCUUGAGGCUCUGGACGCGGAAAGGCUUAAGUUUCUCGGUCCUGUGAUUGGCUGGAUCGUGUUUCUCAUGAUCGCUGGUCUCCUUGGAAACGCUCUAGUGUGUUACGUUCACGGAAAGAAGAUUCAGCGUUCCACGGCGAACAACUUCAUCCUGUGGUUAGCGACUCUGGAUCUGUUCACGUGCUUAGUAGGCAUGCCCAUGGAACUGCUGGACAUCACUCGCAGCUACACUUUCGACAACCCCGCUCUGUGUAAGGUGAUGCGCUUCGUCAUUUAUCUUGGCGUCAUGACCUCUGUGGCUACUUUGGUAUUCAUAGCCAUGGACAGGUAUUUUAAGAUUUGUCACCCUCUCAGGGUGUCGCCUAUACGCCGUUGUAGACUAGUCAUUUUCCUCUCCCUUUGCGUUGGCCUUCUUUUGGCCUGGCCUUCGCUAGUAAUCUUCGGGCGCAAAAAAAUGCGGGCACCCAAACAAUAUCCACGUAUUUAUGGCGUGGACUGCAGUAUUGAUGACAAACUCAUACACACCGUGUACCCGACGGUGUACUUCAUUAUUCUGGGCACAGCGUUCCUUACGGGUGCGACUGUUCUCAUACUGCUGUAUGUCAUCAUAGGCCGAAAGCUGUACCGGAGGAAUCGUCGUCCCAUUGGUGAAGAUUUGUCCGCAUACGACAGCAAGGCGGCCAUGAUUGUCCGUCUGAACUCUAGUGGCGUGAAGGCGAGCGCCGUGCCUCGGGACUCACUACAAGAUUCCAUCAAAAAGAAGAAGCGAAAGCGCGAUAACAGGUACAAUGUUUCGCGAACCAGCGCGAUAUUCUGUACCAUCAGCGUGGUGUUCGUGAUGAGUUUUCUUCCAAGCUUGGCCCUGAUGACCAUGAGCACGAUUUCAACAUCGUUCACCGAGACUCUUUCACACGGACAGUACGUCGUAUUUAGCCUCUUCCUACGGACAUAUUUUAUUAAUAAUUGCGUCAACCCAAUAAUCUACGGCUUUCUUAACCAACAGUUCAGAAAAGAGUGCCUUAAAGUGUUCAGAAGUUGUCUCUGCAGAGAGUCUGAAAAUGACACCGAAACCUCAAAUCAUAGUGUGAAUAAAAUGAUUCGCUAUGUUAAAAACGGAUCUAUGACGAACAGCGCGACGUAAGAUGAUUGCGAUUACCCGAUGAAAAGAAUAAUGUACACAGUAUUGUAGAUAUCAGCGAAACAUGCAGGCUGACGAAUGGACAGAGUAUUCCAUACCCGAGAGUUAUAAUGUUUAUAUUUGUGUAUUGUGCUUCGACAGUAUUUCAGUGCGGAUGUAAUGUGCUUUAAGGUCAAUCAAUCUAACUCUUUUAAAACCGUUGAAAGACGCACAAGCUGUAUGCAAAUUGCGACGAAAUAAUUGUGCAUAUAUCUAAAUUACAAUUCAUACAGAUUCUAUGGCAACUUCCGUUAAUGAAUCAGAUUUGCGGAUCUCGGUCUGAUAAAAUAUGGAGAUGUGGUUUCCGUCGAACUACAGACAUGCUGGUGACCUGCACCAAUUUGUGAUAGUUAUUAGCGUGCAUGUACAUGACAAAUUGAUUGUCUCCCAAGAAUCAAAUCAAAUUAUAUAUUCGGUAUCUUAUAUGUUGUAUCAGUGCCUCUCUGUGAUAAAGUAUUCAUGC